GCGCGUCGCCUCCGCGCCCGCGCGACGAACGAACUCCGCGCGCGCGGGAGAUCGUGCUGCUCGUGUUUUAGAACGACGACGACGCGCUUUUGAAGAGGCAGGCGGGCGACGGCGCGAUCGAUGGGACGCCUCCGCGCGAACGAAUCCUCGCACGCGCCCCGGGGCGUGCUGAUUCCCGCGCGAUCGCCGCAUUACGGCGAGCGAGUCCCCCUCAUCGGCGACGGCGCGCGCGGUCGCCGAUCGUCGCGCGGGAACGCCGGCGGCGGCGGAUGGUUCUCGUGCAACGCGUCCACCGCGAUCGCGCUCGUGACCGGCGCGCUCGUCGCGGUCGCGCUCGCGAGCGGCAGAGCCGCGGAGAUCGCGUCCGCGGCGGUCGCCGCGGGCGGACGCGACGCGCCGAUCGCGCCGACGAACGCUUUCCCCGGCGACGCCGCGUCGCGCCGCGCGCGCGGGAUCUCGCUCGGGCAGAACACCUCGGACGACGACGCCGGGAGCGACGACGAAUUGCCGCCGCCGGCGUCCGAGGACGCCGACUCCGAAGAGAACGCGCCGUCGCCGCCGCCGCCCUCGCCGAAGAAGCCGCCGAAGCCGAAGAAGCCGCCGAAGCCGUCGCCGCCGCCGUCGCCGGCGUCCGAGGACGCCGACUCCGAAGAGAACGCGCCGGCGUCCGAGGACGCCGACUCCGAAGAGGAGGCGCCGUCGCCGCCGCCGCCGUCGCCGAAGAAGCCGCCGUCGCCGAAGAAGCCGCCGACGCCGGACACGCCGUCGCCGCCGCCGGACGCGCCGUCGCCGCCGUCGCCGAAGAAGCCGCCGAAGCCGAAGAAGCCGCCGAAGCCGUCGCCGCCGCCGCCGACGCCAGAUCUCGGACCUGAUAUCGCCGCCGUCGACGACAAGGAAGACGCGGAGACCUCGAAGAUCGACGCGCUCGACGAUAAGGAGGACGACGAGACCUCGCAGAUCGACGCGCUCAGCAAAAAGGUGGAUAAUCGCUCGAACAGAGCCGCGAAAGACUCGCGCGCGGCGAUCGAUAAGUUAACCGAGUCGAUCGCGAACUCCACGAAGGACACGGAGGCGGACAUCCUCGAUGAGCUGAGCAAAGACGCGGAGAAAGAGAAGUCGAAGAUCGACGAGCUGAACGAGAAGAUGAACGCCAAGAUGUCCGAGACGAAGGAAGCGGCGGCGAACGAGAUCGCGUCCGCGGCGAAGACGAUGACGGCCGCCAUCGCGGACGCGCGCGAGGCGGAGGUCAACGCCACGGACGACGUCGCCGCGAAGCUCCGCGACGGCGUGGCGACGAUGAGGAAGAACUUUGACGAAAAGGCUGCGGUGGAAAACGCCACGUUGGCGUCGCUGAGACGUCGGAUCGACGCCGCGGCGAACGACACGGACGCGAACGCGGCGACGGCGAAGUCGCGCUUCGACGACAUCGACCACGAGUUCUCCGACGUCGCGAACGGGACGGCGUCGAUCAAGAGCGAGAUUAAUCGCCUCUCGAGCGAGCUGAGAGAGGAGAUGGACAAUCACACGACGGCGCUGCGCGAGGGCGUCGCGGCGUCGCGCGCGGCGAUGGAAGAGGAGAUGAUGAACCACACGACGGCGCUGCGCGAGGGCGUCGCGGCGUCGCGCGCGGAGAUGAAGUCCGACUUCCAAACCAUCGCCGGCGGGCUCAAGAACGGCCUCAAGAACGAGACCGGACUCCUGCUCAAGGGGUUAAACCUCACGCACGUGAUGCAAAACGCGAGCCUCGAGCAGACGAGGGCGAUGCUGUCGGACGCGGUGCGCGCCGCCGCCGAGUCGGGCGACGCGUCCGCGGCGAAGAGGUUUGAAACUCUCGCGUCGGAGUUCUCCGCGAUGCGCGAAGACGACGGCAGACGCGCGAGCGAGUCGCGCGAGCUGCACGACAAGCUCGUGGACGCGAUCCAGGCUGCGAUCGACGGCCAGUCGAUCCCGCACGGCCACCUGUACCCGGGCGUCGUGGGGUGCGAGAAGAUGUGCGAGGGCGAGCACGUCACGGAGGACCAGUGCGGCGCGCUCGCGAACGGCGCGUGCGCUUGGGAGGACGGGCGGUGCUGGAGCAAGGUUGGGCCGAACGAGUGCGACAAGUACGUCGCGCCCAUGGAAGAUCCGAAGAAGAAGGAAGAGGAGGACGGCGAGAAGAAGGAGGACGGCGGCGACGCGGCGGCGGCGGGCGCGGACGCGGACGCGGACGCGACGGCGGCGACGACGACGACGGCGGCGGCGGCGUCGACGACGGGCGAAACCCCGGAGGAGACGCCCGCGCCGGAGACCCCCGCGCCGGAGACCCCCGCGCCGGCGACGCCCACGCCGGGGACGCCCACGCCGGAGACGCCCGCGCCGGCGACGACCGCGCCAGGGACGGUGGAAUCCGGCGCCGCCGCGAUCGACGACAUGAUGGCGUCAGCGCCGCCGAUGACGACGCCGCCGCCGCAAAAAACUGUCGUCGCGGCCGCGCCUCCCGUCGUGCGCACGGUCACGGUCGUCGUUCCGAGCCCGCCCGCGGCGAACGCCGCCGCCGCGAACGCCGCCGCCGCGCCCUCUCCGCCGGCGGUAGAGGAGGGCGAAACCGUGACGCUCACGGAGGCCGACCAAGUGCACGAGGCGAAUCCGGAGACCGGGGGCGCCCGCCCGGGGGAGACGACGCCGACGCCGACGACGACGACGACCGCGCCGCCCGCGGCCGCGUCGUCGACGACGACGACCAAACGAUAA